CGUUAUUUUCAAAAUCUAAAUAUGAGAUGGAAAAUCAUUGCUCCACCAGGCAAGAGGGUCAAAUUCUGGAUCAACGACUUUUCUAUCGAUGAAGGAUUCGAUUUCUUCUACGUUCACGAUGGUGAUUGCUAUGGCUCUCCUUCUACCUGCUCCAACCUGGGAACAUAUACUGGAAACACCAUUGACUUCUUCUACCACGAAUACGCUCAUACCUAUUUUAACUACCGUGCAGAUCUUGAUGCAACUUUGUCAGCACCUUUCAUAACUUCCUCGGAAAUUGCCACACUUACUUUCACUACCGAGGGAAUCAUCGCAGGCUUCGGAUUUAGAAUUGUUUACAUGUAUAUAGAUUAACCGUUUUGCUUUUCUUUGCUGAAAAUGUUAUUUGACUUAUAAUAUCCAAUUUUAUCAAAAAGAAGAUAUUAUAACUGUAAAUCAACUUCCUUGGUACCUAACAAGAUUCAAAGGUACCAUGUAUCUGGUUAGGUACCAAUCGUUUUGCAAAUGGAAUUGUUAUUGUGUAUCAUUUUACAUAUCAAAUAUAAUAUUUGAGAUUUGGGUAGCAUUUUUAAAGGUCACCUUUCAUUUCUUGGAUCUUGAUUUAAAUUGUAUGUUCUUGUAUCUAUUAUUUGUAAAAUUUGGGUUGUUUUAUCUUAUAGUCUUUUUCAUAUUAUGUGGGGUUUGUAUAGUUUUAGUCAGUACCACACACUGUUUUAGUGAACGAGAAUAUGCCCUUUUGUGUCUUCCAUUGUGAACAUAUGUAUGGUUUAUCAAAGUUUGAUUGUAAAUCGCUAUUAAUAUCAUUGGUGUGAGACCUUUUAUUCAUUUAAUAAGAUAUCGAUGUUUUGUCAAGGGGCACAUAUCAAAUACUUCUGAAUCGAGACAUUUUGAUCAAAUAUAAUGCAUAUUACAAAUUCAAUUGACUUCCACCCUGGGUAUUCCAAUAACAUAUGUGUAUAAUAUAUGGGAAAAAAAGACAAUAAAUUAAAAAAAAAAUACAAAAAAAAAAAUAAAUAAAAACUUGUUCUUUUAUUUUGUGGA